ACAUUACCCAAAUGAACAUUUCUAUACAAAGGAAAGAAACAGAUAGAAACGCGAGGCGCCGCUGCCAGAUUUUGUGAUUGCAAGAUUCACUGCAUUUUAUCCGUUUCCAUUUUACUUUCCCGAAUAUAAAACCCCCUUUCGUAAAUUUGUUCAUCCAAUCAAAGUUUUCGUGGUUUCCGAUAGUUUGCAAUUUCAACUGGAUAGGUAGAGAUUCUGCUGAGUGAAUAAAUGAUUUCGUGGUUUUUCUCCUUGUAUGAUAGAGAAGGCAAUGCAUACUAUGCUACAUGUUCUGCUUCUUAUUUUGCUUUGCGUCUGAGUUUGGCUGCUGGGCUAUUUGAAGGGACAACAUCGGGGAUGGCCUUGCGGCGGGUGGAUAGAUAGAUAGCCGUUUAGCCAUAUAAUUGAAGUUUAUGUAGGAAUAAUGUUUGCAGUUCUUGGAAACUGAAGAAUAUGAUAAGCACGUUCUUCGGCCUUUUAGUGAUAUCAGGUUAUUGGUUUCCUAGUUUUCUCUUAAGAGGAUAAAGACUGCUAUUUAGUUUAUCAGUUUCACUCUAUUGCUAGGUAGUUAGUACAUCAAAUUAGAGGUUGUGGGGGUUGAGUAAAGAGUAAAACAAUCAUGGGCUUGCCUCAAGUUCCAUCAGGAAACGUAGUUGACGAAGUGUCAACUUCGGUGAGCUCAAUGAUGCAGAUAGCCUCGCGGUUUGGAGCUGCAGGAAGCUUUGGUGUGAGUGAGAGGUACAUUAGGCCGUGUAACAAUCGGAUGACUAAUGACUUUCCGAGCUCUUGCUCUUCAUUUGGAGAUCAAGCAAAGGAAUGUGGUACAGUUAGUUUGCAUCAAGAUGGUGUGCCCAAUUUGCAAAAAAUGAGGAUUGAGUCCAUAGACAAUACUAGCUUCUUGUUGCGUCAUGGUGGCAAGAACGUUCAGACUCCUGCUUCGAGGAUUGUGGGUUUUCAGCCUAACAAUCUGAUUAACUGUGUCAAUCAGUAUGAAGACAAGCAUCCUGAUAGCACUCAUUUGUCUAAUGGAAAUAGUGUAACUUGCAAUACAAAUGAUAACCCGAGUGCAAUGGUUAGGAAAAGACUACUGUCGCCUUUGAAUGGCAUGGUUCUGCCUGAUGGAUUUAGGGGCGAGCGUCUGGAAAUUGGGAACACAUUCUACCCCGAGGAUUUCCACUUAAGAGGUGGUAGUUACAGGGUUACCGUGAAAGAGAAUAAGAAAGCUCACAUAUGUAACUUGGACCAUGGCAGUCCUCCUAAUUGGUCUAUACCUAGUCCAUCUGAAGAAGAUUGUGAUGCCAACUGCAGGAUCAUCACCGAUGGGCCCUUGUUCAGUAAUCAUGGAUGUAUAUCUCAGAAUCUCCUCUCAUCAUACAAUGGUCUUACAUGUUCUAAUGGAAAAAUUGAAACACCCUCUAAGGAUAGAGCAGUGAGUAUAUCACGGGAUGCUUUUGUCUCCACUCCAUUGUCUCUAUCGCCUCUUGGACCGAGAUUUUAUGGGAGAAUAAGAAAUUCUCGAGGAUCUAGGGAUCCCAAACGAGAGUCUGACGAGAGCUGUAUAACCUUUAAAGACGUUGAACAGUCUCUUGAAGGAACUAUCUCGAGCUUUAUGUCGUCUCAUAGGGAUGAGAAUGUCAUCAUGACAAGCAGAGGGCCUGGCGAUGAUGAAUAUUUCUCGUUGAACUUUGAUCAAUUAUCACCGGAAAGUUUGAUAUCCAUUCACAGCCAUAAUAAAAAGUCUACUUCUCAAAAUGCAAAAUUCGGUAGAUCCCUGAGCGGGUUAUCAGUCAGAAGGUCGUUAGUUGGUUCAUUUGAGGAAUCACUGUUAUCUGGUAGGUUGGCUUCCGGAAUUUCCAACCAGAAAAUUGAUGGUUUCCUUGCAGUACUGAAUAUUACCGGAGGAAAAUUCUCACCUCAUCCCCAGAAACUUCCAUUUUCUGUAACUAGUGUUGAUGGUGAUAAUUACUUACUAUACUACUCAUCUAUAGAUCUUCCUGGGCAUUCAUCUUCAAACAAAUGUGAAAGCCCAAUAUUGAAGAGAAGCCUCAGUGAGAAUGGCUCCUCUGAUGACAAAGCUCGAUUGAAAAUACCUAUGAAGGGCCGGUUGCAAUUGGUCCUAAGCAAUCCGGAAAGAACACCAAUUCAUACAUUCUUCUGCAACUAUGAUUUGAGUGAUAUGCCAGCUGGCACAAAGACUUUUCUGAGGCAAAAGGCCACUUUGGCUGUGGAUAGAGGUGGGCAGAGAGACACUGGUGCAACAAAUGAGGGAUCAGUCCCCACGUUUUCGGUAUCAGGUGAUUCCUUAGAGCAGAGGGCACUUUGUACUGAUGCAUGCAGCUUGUUAGAGAAUAAUUGCAGGAAUAUAGAUAACAUUGCUUUCGGUUUGUCUGGUGAAAAAGAAAGUAAACCUGUAUGUUGCCACCCAGAGGUUAAUAAGAAUACUACAGGUUCUGGUGUUCUGCGGUAUGCCUUACAUCUCCGUUUCGUUUGCCCCCACUCGAAGAAGAGCUUAAAAAAUUGUAUGAAAUCUAAAUCUGGUGCAUCCCCCCUACCGUCAAGUGACAAUAUGGACAGUCAAGGAGAACGCAGAUUUUACUUGUACAAUGAGAUGAGAGUUGUGUUCCCUCAGCGCCAUUCAGAUUCUGACGAGGGCAAGUUGCAAGUGGAAUACGACUACCCCUCGAAUCCAAAGUAUUUCGAUAUCAGUCAGUAACGACCUUGGUUCGAUGAUUUCCCUAAUUUGGUUGUUUUGUAUAUAUUUGUACAUACAUGUCAUGUUGUAGAUGCUGAUAAAUGGGUUAUCAAAACCCACAUCACAUGUAAAUUCAUGCCAAAAACUUGUUGAUUGUGUUGUACAGAUUGCACAUUCAACAUCUAUUUAUCCACAAAAUAAAUUAAUCA